AUGGGGACCAACGUUGCAGAAUCUUUCUUUUGGUCGGAUUCCACCAUCACCUUAACCUGGAUCAGCGCCACACCCAACACAUGGGCAACGUUUGUGGCUAACCGGGUAUCUGAAGUGCAGCACUACUCACACCCGCGGCAGUGGAGACAUGUACCCGGCGCGUCUAAUCCUGCUGACCUGGUUUCACGAGGCAUGUCAGCCGCUGAUUUCCUGAAAAGCAAACUGUGGAGCUUCGGUCCGGAUUGGCUAUCUUUGCCCGCUUCCAUCUGGCCCAACUCUAACCCGGAACCAGCCAACGAAACGAAUCUAGAGAUUCGCCAGCUGCAUUACACAGAUUCACAGCACGACGCGGUUUACCGGCACACAUACAUUCGGACAACGGGAAAAACUUCGAAGGCGCGGCGAGGGAGCUUCACGAGCUGUUCGAAAUGUUUCGCGAUGAACAGCAGCUACAUCUAAUUGUGACAGAUUGCACUAACCGCGGCAUCAAUUGGCACUUCACCCCUCCCAAGGCACCACAUUUCGGCGGAUUGUGGGAAGCAGCUGUGAAGACCGCCAAGCGACACCUUUUUCGGCAGUUAGGCAGCACGCGACUAUCCUACGAAGGCUACACAACUGUCCUACAUCAGAUUGAGGCGGCGAUGAACUCGCGUCCUCUCCUACCUAUGUCAGACGACCCUAACGAGCUAUCGGCACUUACCCCAGCGCAUUUCCUCGUGGGCACAUCGAUGCAUGCUGUCCCCGAGCCGGACUACACCCAUCUUCGUUCCUGCACCCUCAGCGACUUGCAGAAGUGGCAAGUAAUGGUGCAGCGCUUCUGGAAGCACUGGACGACGGAAUACCUGCAAGAGAUGCAACGUGAUAACACCAUGGCGAAGAGGAACGACAGCAUCUUACCUGGCAGACUGGUUAUCCUGAAGGAUGAUUUCCUCCCCCCAACCCGUUGGCCACUCGCACGUAUCGUACAGGUGCACACCGGAGACGACAAGCUGACACGGGUAGUAACACUGAAAACAUCAAAAGGUAUCGUAACUCGUCCGAUAACAAAAAUUUGUAUCUUACCUGUGGCAGAGGCCGACGAGAGCACAUGCACCUAAUUUCUGUUUAUUUUGAUUGUUUUUGUUUUGUUUGUUGACUUGCGUCAAGGGGGGGAGGAUGUUCAGGCACAGCCCUGUCACUUCAUAUCGUGCUUAACGAAACACGAACAUUCUUCGUUCAAUAUCGAGUGUUCGGCUCGAUCGAGUAGUUUAUAAAUAACAGUGUAUGUCGCGAAUAAACUCUCUCUUCCAAUUUUGCUG